AUGACGUGGAAUGCUAUUGUGAAUCUUGGGGAAGCUACUCAUGGUACGGAUCAGACUUAUUACUGGUAUAGUACUUAUAGUACUGUGCCGGCUAAUGUGUUGACUUCUUCUUCCUCCUCGUCGGUCAAUGUCACCGUUGCGCGCACCAUGCAAAAGUACCUCCUUUCAUUCGUCCUAACCGGCAACCCCAACACCCUCUGGCCCAACGACAAGAUCUACUGGCCGAAGUAUGGAAAUGCGACGAACACCAUCAACUUCAAUACGACUAUGUCCAUUACUUUCGAUGAUCUUGCCAACGACAAGAGCCUCUUCUGGAACAAGGCGUUGUGGUACUGA